UUGGGAGCUUACUCUGACUCCAUUACUGCCUUCUACAUCUUCUUCUUCUUCUUCGUCAUUUUCGUUCUCAUUUCUGAACAUUUGUGUCCACAUUGAAUUAAAGUUGAAGGAAUGGAAAUGGCGGAAUCUGGAGGAUGGAUUCGGUUGUUUCUUCUCGUGGUGUUCAUGUUGUUCGUCGAAACAAUUGCCAGAGCUCCCAAAGAGAUUCAUGAAAUUGAGAAUCGAGCAACCGAGAUAUUGCGGAGCUCAAGCAAUGCAUCAAUGGCAGAGAGGUUGGAGGAUGUCGAGGCUUUAGGUAAUAAGCAUGCCGUGGACAACCCUGAAGAGGUCGCUGCUGCGGUUGACAUGAGCAUUCGCAAUGCCACUGCAAGGAGGGAGCUUGGAUUCUUCUCGUGUGGAACCGGCAAUCCCAUUGAUGAUUGCUGGCGUUGUGACCCCAAUUGGCAACAGAACCGCAAACGUCUUGCAGAUUGUGGCAUUGGCUUUGGCCGAAAUGCCAUCGGUGGUCGCGACGGUCGAUACUACGUCGUCACUGAUUCCGGCAACGACAACCCUGUCAGUCCAAGGCCUGGCACUUUACGACAUGCCGUCAUCCAAGAUGAACCUCUCUGGAUUGUGUUCAAAAGAGACAUGGUGAUACAGCUGAAACAGGAACUGAUCAUGAACAGUUUCAAGACAAUUGACGCUCGUGGAACCAAUGUUCACAUUGCUAAUGGUGCUUGCAUCACCAUCCAGUUUGUGACUAAUGUUAUUGUCCAUGGUCUAAAUAUCCAUGACUGCAAGCCCACUGGAAACGCCAUGGUAAGGAGCUCACCCAAUCACGUUGGGUGGAGAACAAUGGCUGAUGGAGAUGCCAUUUCCAUUUUUGGGUCAAGUCAUAUUUGGAUCGAUCAUAAUUCACUCUCUAACUGUGCUGAUGGCCUUGUUGAUGCUGUCAUGGGAUCCACUGCAAUUACAAUCACCAACAAUUACUUCACCCACCACAAUGAGGUAAUGUUAUUGGGACAUAGUGAUUCAUACGUUAGGGAUAAACAAAUGCAAGUGACCAUUGCUUACAAUCACUUUGGAGAAGGACUCAUCCAAAGAAUGCCAAGGUGUAGACAUGGAUACUUCCAUGUGGUGAACAAUGAUUAUACUCACUGGGAGAUGUACGCCAUUGGGGGUAGUGCAAAUCCUACUAUCAAUAGCCAGGGUAACAGAUAUGCUGCACCAACCAACCCUUUUGCAAAAGAGGUUACCAAGAGGGUUGAGACAGCUGAAUCUGAGUGGAAAAACUGGAAUUGGAGAUCAGAGGGAGACCUAUUGAUGAAUGGUGCCUUUUUCACUCCAUCUGGUGCAGGGGCCUCGGCAAGCUAUGCUAGAGCCUCUAGUUUGGGAGCUAAAUCCUCAUCCAUGGUUGCUUCCAUAACAGCCAACGCCGGUGCACUUAACUGCCGACGAGGUCACGCCUGCUAGCAUUCCGAUCUCGUCGUCUAUCACUUAUAUGUGAGUUUUUCAAGUAUUUACUUACAAACAGCCUUACCCAAUAUCCAUAUUCUAUCAUUUCAUAUCUUCUUCCAACUCUCUCAUAUCUAAAAAACAAGUGUACAUUUUCUCGUCUCGGCACGAGACGAUUCCCUAUUCGAUGUGUCCCGGUUUGCUGCUUGUUGAGACACUCUGAAAUCGCUCAACCUCGGCCUGCUUUAACUUGAAAAAGACAUCAUUUGGCAUUCAGCAAGCAGGUGCUGAAGCGUUGUUCUUGUGUUCAUUUAUUCCCUUCUUUGGUUCCCCACUUUUGUUCUUCCCAAUCCAUUCCUCAAACUAUCAUUGUUGCUGUAAUGUUCUGUCUUCUUGUUCCUAUAGGGUAUGAAUGAUUGAGUGUUUUUUUUUUUUGCUUC